ACUUUCUGCACCCGUUUACUGGAUGCCCUCAGCCUUCCCAUGUGUCGAGCCACAUCGCGACUCACCGCGUUUGCAACGCCGAGAAGCCCCUUUUGCGACCCCUCGCCGAAUGGGAAGCUUCAACGGGACGGUAAGGCAUGGAACUGCCCCGUUCCCGUUUCCCCACGUCAAGCACUGGCCCUCCACGGAACAACGCGUCUCGGGGACCACAUCUCUGGAUGAGCCCUCACCUCCCUCGCCUUGGUGGAAGAUCCUGCCAUGGCCCCCAUGCCUCUGCCACAAUUCGCGUCUUUCAUCACUGCCGCGCUCCUUGAAGGCCAAUGGAGGACACGCCGGUGCCUCAGCCAUCUAGAGAAGCCACGAGGCUGGAUCCGCUCUCCAUCUUGAACCUCUGGGUUACAUUAGGAGAAUAGGACCGAGGACCGAGGACCAAUUCUUACACUUACAUGGUUGAUCUGCUGUCACCCUUCUCGUCUCCAAUAAAACAAUGGAUCCCUCCACCGCCAGAUUUGCUUCGCGACACCAGAGAUCUCUCACCUCGCAGCCUUGCAAGAUUGUGUGGCUAUGCGGGACCUCUCAUCCACACAGAACUCUCUGAAAUGUCAGUUACUCCGGCUACUUCCCAUCAGCUCGCCUCUCGCAAGCCCAGUUUGCACCAAUGGGGAGACCGAUGCCACUUCGCCAUGAGCCAUCUGUGGCUCAAACUGGCAGCUGCACGGAUCACCGAGGAUCCGCAUCUCCCUUCCCCUUGCAGAUUCGAUCACUGGGAGAAAAGCCUCUCAGCCUUAUCCUUGUGCGGCUGGGUUGAAAAUAACUACCAAUAACCUUUUUAGGCAUGGCAGGAACAGCCUCCCGAAACAUUAUGCUUAAUUCAAGUCAAGCCUCUUGCUGUCAACAGUGCAGUCAUCCUUCGGCUUGAGCCAAUGAUGUAAUGCAGACCCACAGUCUUUAGAUAAUUGGGCGUACCAUCAGCAUCCUCCAAUGACUAGAGGCAAUCGAAGAGACUAUCUGUUCGAUUGGCUUGGUGUGAGGGACUACCGAAGCUAGCAGCUCCAUAUUUCACAUUGCUGCCCCUUUUUUCAGGGGCAACUUGUCACAGUCAGCUUUGAAAGAUUUUCAGCCCUGUAAGCACUUUGUUAAGCUGCCAAUGAUCGGCAUCAUAAACGGUCAUUUCUCCUGCGUGUCUCACCACCCAUACAAGCAGACAGGGUAAAGAGAAAUGAUACCCCAACGCGGCGCAUGAAU